GUAUUUGCAAGGAUGGGCUGGAAAUGAACAUGCGUGAUUCAAUUACCGUAUCCCUAUGACAUACCGAUUAGUGUACAUGCGCAGCGUGUGCGAAACUGAUCAUAACUGAAUUUAUUGGCGCGCUUUUUAUACGUACAGCUGCAAAUUUUGGAGGUAGAGGAGGAAAACAAAGCAAUCAAGACACAAAGCUACGAUCAGGUAGUGAGGUGAGACAUGGGAUUACUGGAGCAAUGCAAGGAGCUGUUCAAGACGUCAAGCCUCUAUGAGGUGCUAGGAGUGGUAAAGGGGGCGUCUGAAGCAGACGUCAGGCGAGGUUAUUACAAAGUCUCCCUGCUGGUCCACCCUGACAGGGCUCCAGAUGACCAGCAUGCAACAGAGAAAUUCCAGGCUUUGGGAAAGGUGUACGCGGUGCUGAGUGACAAGGAGCAGAGGGCUGUGUAUGACGAGCAGGGCACAGUGGAUGAAGAGUGCGACUCUCUGGGUCAGGACCGUAACUGGGAGGAAUACUGGAGACUGCUGUUCCCAAAGAUCACGCUGGAGGACAUACUGCAGUUUGAGAGGAAGUAUAAGGGCACGGACGAGGAGAGUGAGGACGUGCGGAGGCUCUACGUACAGUUUGAGGGCGAUAUGGACCUUAUCCUGGCCUCCGCGCUCUGCUGUAGUCAGGAGGACGAGCCGCGCAUCGCCAGCAUCAUCCAGGACGGCAUCGACUCCGGCGAGCUGACCCCGUACCGCGCCUUCACACACGAGAGCAAGCAGAAGAAGUCCGCCCGCAAGAGGAAGGCUAAUAAAGAGCAAAAGGAGGCUGAGGAGAUGAAGAAGGAGAUGGGUCUGGACGCUGAUGACAGCCUAGUGGCCAUGUUGCAGCAAAGGCAGAAGUCCAGAGAGCAGGGGUUUAACUCCUUUCUGUCUGACCUGGAAGCAAAAUAUUCAAAGAAAGGAAAAGCCACCUCUGGAAAGAAAGGGAAAAAGUGACUUUUGUCAAAGGGUAAUGCAUUCGUGAAGUCUGGCGCCUUAUGGAUCCAGUCCGUGACCGAAACGGCUGCUUUGAACAGUUACUAAUAAAUAUUUAUUGUCACCAAAAGUCAGUUCAGCACUUCAAUGAGUCAAUGAGACAACUGCUCAGAUAAUGCCGUUGCUAAGCAUUGGAAUAUUGUUUCUUAAAGAGGAAUGUGCCCAUGUAAUAUGAUCAAUAUGAUAAUAUUGCAGAUUAUUGUUAUUAUUAUAAAUGCAAGCCACAGCCUGGGAGUUUAAUACUAAAAGCAGUCCUCAGUCACCAUUAGCUGACAAUGACUGAAACAGUCAUCGCCCUAAUAAACCUGAACAAUCAGGAAUCUUUUUUGUACUAAAUGACUAAAUACACAGAUCUACACUGAUGUUUGGGGAAAAUAUGUUUGUCUCCUCCGAUCCAACCAGUAACUAAAAGAGUACAGGAGGAUAUUCAAGAGCAGCAGCCCUUUUGUCUGUAGUAUAUACUGUACAAGCUAACAGCUGUUGUUGUUGUAAUGUUAAUGUAAAAGGUGACUCAUUCAUUUAUAUUAUGUUCUCAUCUGUUAACAUCAAUUCAGUCCACUUCAUGUUUUUCCACAAGCACACAAUGAGCAUUGAAUUAAAAUGAAGCCUUUGUUUACUCAA